AUGGCUUCGUCACAGACAAUAUAUGGCCUACCUCAGGAUGCCGAUGUUCCAGAAGGCACAACAAAACUUCUGCGUAUCAAAAUUAUAGAAGGAGUUAAUCUUGCAAAGAAGGAUAUUUUUGGUGCUAGUGACCCUUAUGUCAAGAUAUCUCUGUUGCAAAAUAAUAUCCUGAUAGAUACGAAACAAACAUCUGUUGUCAGGAAGUCCCUGAAUCCCAAAUGGUAUGAGGAGUUUAUUUUUAGGGUGAAUCCAGCAGAUAAUGUUGUGCGUCUUGAAGUGUUUGAUUCAAACAGAGUGACACGAGAUGACUUCUUGGGCCUGAUUGAAAUUCCAUUAAAUCAUGUGCACAUUGCUACAGAACGGACAGGCAGAGAUAUACCCUGCAAAAAUUUUGUUCUAAGGCCUCGCAGCUCUCGUUCAAGGGUAAAGGGACACCUGACCUUGUACUUGGCUUACCUCCCCUCUGAUGAUAGUGUAGAUGGGGCUGAUGAUACUGCAUCUGGAGUGACUCCAAAUGAG